AUGACUGGCGCCUCCUUGGUCAUCAAUUUACUAGCAGAUGUCUCUCCUGCGGGUGUUCUGCCUCUGGCCUAUGGCAUGUCAGGGACAGGCUACAUCCCCGCCGUCAUGUUGCUGAUGCUGUUUGCCUGUGGUGCUGGCUACUCCAUGUAUCUCAUCUCCAGGACGAUCGAAAUCUCAGGGGUGAAGAGCUAUGAUCGGAUAUGGGAGCGUUGCAUUGGUGAAAGGAGAAUGAGCCUGAGCACGAACGACCAGCGAAGUCUUGACCCCGUGCCGCCGGAGCGCUGGUGCGUGACAAAGCACGACUUGGAAGACUUACGAGGCGAAGUGAUGAUGGCAGUCCAGCAGAAGAGGAUCACGCCGCCCGCAUCCGAUGAUGGCUUCGACAUGUAUGGUCCUAGCAUCUAUGUAGUCACGGAGCAGUAUAUCAAGCCAACCACGCAGGGGACACAUUUCAGUUGGGCUCUUAAAAAGCACCCGGAUGGCCUGGACUGUGACGUCUUCAUCAGCCAUGCAUGGCAAGAAGGCAUCUUCGAGUUCCUGGAGAAGGUACUGAACUCAUGGCCAAAACCUGCGCGGAAUGCGUGGUGUUGCAUGCUGGCGAACCCCCAGAAUUUGAACAUUGCGGUGUUGCUGCGAUCACCCAGCCAGUCGCCCUUUGCCCGAGCAUUGGAGCAGGCUACCUACGUGCUUGCGGUGCCCAACCACAACAGCAGUAUUUACACGCGGCUUUGGUGUGCAUAUGAAGCCCAUCUUGCAUCAGAGCAAGGCAAGGUCAUUCUUAUUGCCAGAGGGCCGAUUGGAAAUGACUAUUUGCAAGCUGUGCCAUGCCUCAUGCUGGCGACUGCACUUGGUGCAGUCCUCGGAGUCGUCACUCGACAUCUUGCAGACGCUCAGCGCAUGGAUGCAAGCCUCGCCUGCGUGCUUUUCCUUGUGGCUGUUUUGAUGCUGGGCGCUCUUGUCCACGGCAGGCAGAAGCGCCGUGCCCUGAAUCUCUGUGGAGCUGCUGGCUCCGCUUUCCUGUUCUUUUCCUGGAAAGCACAUCACUUCUGGCUACCUUUGCCAACAGGAUCCGAGCUUGUGCCUCGGAUCCUGCAGCACUGGGUUAUAGUCAGCGCACUUGGCGCCUUUUGGAUGGCCGAGGUGGACCGGAUAUGCAGCGAAGCGCUCGAGGAGGAAGCGGUGCAGUUGAACCGUGGGCUGGAGGACCAAGAGUCUGUCGAGUUUGCAACGUGCACCCAGGAAUCCGAUGCUGUCCAGAUUCGGGCGGAAAUAGGCGAUUGCUUCCAUCAGGUGGAUCACUCCAUCAGCGUGCUUCUCUCUGCUGGAAUGUCCACUCCGACGCUGCGAUCCAUCGCGGAUGCAGGUGUCAACAUUGAUGGUGCUGGUCACUACGAGAUCACAGUGCCCUUUGUGUGCUUGGUGCCCAUGAUCGUCGUAAAUAUCGGGCGAGUCUACUUGGCAGCUUCGUUUCUGCAAGAUGAGCUGCACUAUCGGGCCAUAGUGUCCAUGCGGACGAUCCUUUGUUUGGCCAAAGCGGGCCUCGUGGUAAUGAUCUGGAGAAGUUGCCACGAAGAACGUGCUUUCAUCUUCAAAAUGAUCACAAAGCUGACCUGCGUCAUGUUUGUCAUAACUGCAUGCGAACGACUUCACAGCCACCUUGAUCUUUCAUACGAUCCAACUUUCCAUGUUACCAUUGGCCACAUGACUUUCGUUGUCAUGCUGGUCUGCGCCUCGCUUGGGAUGAAGGGCAUCGCGUGCCUUCCCGGUGGUCUCUAUGUUGUGCAGUUCUUCCUGUGCAGAGGCUGUCCACGACUACCUUCAGACGGGUGGAAAUGGAGGUGCCUAGGCCCUGCGAGGAGGAGGAGUAGUAGCAGCAGCAGUAGUAGCAGUAGUAGCAGCCGUAGCACUGGGACUAGCCUUCAAAGCCCAGGCAAAUGGAUUCCCAGCUUGGUCUUGUGCAUCGUGUGCUUUGGGAAUGCUCUUGCCUACAUUUGCAUGGUCGGUGACUUGAUCUCCAUGUGCUUGCCAGGAUUUGGGAUCUCUUUCCUCAGUCGCUCUUCGUGCAUCGCCAUCUUGGCCGUUUUCCCUUUGCUGCCGCUUUGUAUGCUGAAAGACCUCUCUGCUUUGGCUCCGACAUCAUUCUUGGCGCUGUUAGCCGUGUUCUGGAUGAUCAUCAUGAUGAUUAUCCGCUACGUUGACGGCUCCUAUCUUCCAGGUGGGCAGUACCAUGGAUUCCCAGCACCACGAGGGCAUGUGGGGAACAUCGGCUUCUCCACGCUUAUCUUGGUGGACAACUUGGCCGUGGCCUUCCUCUGUCACUAUAACGGUCCGAAGUACUAUCGCGAGUACAAAAACCAUCGGCCUGUCCGCUUCGGCUCUCGCGUGCUGGCUGCUUUCUCGCUGGUCUCCACCUUGUUUGCAACAUCAAUGCUGCUCGGGUAUGCAACCUUUGGACAGCACGCGGAGGGUGUCAUUCUCAACAACUACGACAAUACCGACAUGCUUGCGAACAUAGCCCGCUUGGGCAUGGGCUUCGCCAAUGUUUUCAGCACACCUCUCAUGUUCAGCGGUCUUCGGGAAGGCGUCCUGGCUGUACUCACCCACUUCGCCCCUGAGGAGGAGGAACUCUACAGCCAGGUAUGGUUCCAGAACACCCUGAGUGCAGCACUUCUUUCUCUCGUGACGGUCAUCGCCAUCAUCGUCACUGAUGCCAGCAUUGUGAUCGGUUUGGUCGGAGCUAUUUGUGGCUCCGCGAUCAUCUAUGUCAUUCCGUGCUUCCUCUUCGACGCAGCGACGAGCAAGUUUCUAGGUCAGGGCGACGACCUGCACCAUCCGAUGGAGAUUUAUUUGGUGCGCGGUCUCGGCUUUGCCGGUGUUUUCGUCAUGUGGCAGGGGCAUGCAUUUCCUGAAGUAUCAAGGGGCCGACCCGAUUUCGAUGCUAAAGCAUUGUGGCGCAGUUUCUGA